GACCUUUAAACUUUGUACUGCUGUAAUUGUUUAAUGCCAGCCCCUCCCUUAUUAUCACUUUUUAUUCGAGUAUAGUCAUGUACUAACAAAAUGAAUUUGUUUUUCGAAAAAAAUUUAAAAAAAAAGUUAAAAUAUUCCCUUCCCAUCCAUAACAUAGGAUUUUGAUCACUACCCUUUUUCCUAAUCUAAAUUUGUUCAGGUAAGCUGUCAUUCCCCUUCCCAGGAAGAAUAGAAAAAUCUGUAAUAGCUGAGAAAAUAAUUACACUCCACUGUUUAUUCUGUGACUUUAAUGAAGCUAAAGAGUUAACAUUUCAGGCUUUCUGGAAAAUCAAACUUGUAAUACUUUUAUACUUAUUCUAGUAAAUGUUCCUUUGAGAAUUGUAAGGGGAAGUGAUCAAGAUAGAACGGAUUUUCAAGAGAAAUUAAAACAGAAAGGGGAGAUAAUUAAAUGCAGAAAAGCAGCACUGGACAGUGUAGAUCACGUAACGUGGCUCUGGAGAUACAGGAAACAGGCCCGACCUGACAUCGUGAGAUCCUGUAUAGGUCUACAUCCACACUGGGACAUUUACAUCAUCGACAACAAAGCUUACAGAAAACCUAGUGAGUGCCACGCCUAUCAACCUGAAAUAAAGUGUUUUUUGUACUGUGUUCUGCUGGUAGACGAUUAUUCUCUUGAUGUCAAUGAUCAGGCCAACAAAGAACUGAUGGCUAAACUUAGAGAAAAAUAUUUCACAGAUACAGAUUUAAGUGACGAAAUAAACAUGACGGACAUUCGGAAGAAAGUCAUUGAUAAACAUGGAAACUUCUUUAAAUUUAAAUCAGACGACACCCGACAUGACGUCAUGUACGCCUUUGUUACGGAGUGUCUGGUGGAGGACAGUGAUCUGGAGUUUUUCCUGACCACGGCGUCACCUGACGUGAUAUCGGAAUACUGCCGGUCCUGGAAUUAUAAAAGGAUUGAGGGAGAGAGAUGUCUGUAUGUACCGGACGAGCCGGAGAAGAUGUACGAACUCUUCAUAGACAAACUACAGCUGGACAUCAUCACACACUGUACCGUGUCUGACGAGGGGAUUCAUGUCAGGAUCAGUAAACGUUUAAACAUUCCAGAGGAAAUUUUUUCAUGGGAUCUCAGUGCCAAAAAAAGGUUUGUUGAAAAUUCCAAACUGGGAAGAGUUGAAAUGUUUCACGCUAGAGGUAUGGUAGUUGGAUGCGCAGGAGCUGGAAAAACCACUCUCCUUAGGAGGCUUCAGAGGAAAAAGAGAAAAAAUAAAAAUAAAUCAACUGAGACAACCAAGGGAAUUGAAGUCCAUGAAGAUUUGUUUGAAAUCAAAGACAACACAUUAAUAGAUUCCAGUGAUGACAAUACAAAGAUGCUGAUCAAUGGUCUUCCAAGUGACAAAAAGUUGAUCAGCAUGACCGACUUUGCCGGACAAGUGGCGUAUUAUGCAUGUCACCAGGUUUACUUGUCAAGAAGAGCAUUUUAUAUCGUGGUCAUUGACAUGUCCAAAGGGCUCGAUGAAAAAGCUUGCAAGCACAAUGUUGAUCGUCACAACCCACAAGGAUCCUUAUUUCAGGCAUGGAACUAUAGAGACUAUUUUCACUUCUGGCUCCAGUCUAUUAAAACAUACUGCGACGAAGGAGAUACUCAAGCAAAGGAAAGAAAUGAAGGAGGAAAGGGCGUUUUUCAUCCUGUGAUUCUCAUUGCUUCUCAUAAAGACAAAGUGAGUUGGCGUAGGAAGGAAGAGUCAUUCUACGGGCAAUUGGAAAAAUGCUUAUCUGAAAAGCAAACCUUGAAAGAACUUAUUUCCGUAGGAAGAUAUUUUGAAGUUGAAUGCCCGGAAAAGUCAUUGACAAAUAAGCAGAAAGAAAAAAUAGAAAAAGUGAAAAAAUGUAUUGUUGAAACU